AUGGAUCCCGGUAGCAGCAGCAGCAGCGACUCGGCUCCCGAGUGCUGGGACCAGGUGGACAUGGACACCCCCCCAGGUUCAGCCCCGAGCGGGGACGGAGCCGCCUCCUCGGCGGUGGUGGAGGCCCAGCGCGAGCAUCUCAGCUCGGCUUUCAGCCGUCAGCUCAACGUCAACGCCAAACCUUUCGUGCCUAAUGUACACGCCGCGGAGUUCGUGCCGUCCUACCUGCGGGGCUCACCGCAGCCGCCCGCCUCCGCUGCCGGCACGGAUGAGAACUGCACCCGCGUGGGAGACGUUGCAGGUAAAAGGCUGGGACGGGGGGCACCUGUGGAACCUCCCAAAGAGGAACUGGUAGUGCGUGAAGGUUCCAAUUCAGCUGUUACCAUGAAACUUUCAGAACCGCUUGUAGAAAAUGGAGAGAUGGAAAUGAUCCUGGAAGAAUCGUGGGAGCACAGUAAAGAAGUAAGUGAAGCAGAGCCUGGGGGUUGUUCUCUGAGUGAUUCAGGGCCCCCAGAAGAAAGUGGCCAGGGAAUGAUGGAGGAGAAAGAGGAAACAAGAAAAUCCAAGUCUAGUAUCGUGCCCUCAAGUGCUCCCAAAAAAGAACAUGUAAAUGUGGUAUUCAUCGGGCAUGUGGAUGCCGGCAAGUCAACCAUUGGAGGGCAGAUAAUGUUUUUAACUGGGAUGGUUGACAAAAGGACACUGGAGAAAUAUGAGAGAGAAGCUAAGGAAAAAAACCGAGAAACUUGGUAUUUGUCCUGGGCGUUAGAUACCAACCAGGAAGAACGAGACAAGGGAAAAACCGUAGAAGUGGGUCGUGCCUAUUUUGAGACUGAAAAGAAGCAUUUCACGAUUUUAGAUGCCCCUGGCCACAAGAGUUUUGUCCCAAAUAUGAUUGGAGGUGCCUCUCAAGCCGAUCUGGCUGUGCUGGUGAUCUCUGCCAGGAAGGGAGAGUUUGAAACUGGCUUUGAGAAAGGUGGACAGACAAGAGAACAUGCGAUGUUGGCGAAAACAGCAGGAGUGAAACACCUGGUUGUGCUUAUUAAUAAAAUGGAUGACCCCACUGUAAAUUGGAGCUGUGAGAGAUACGAAGAAUGUAAAGAAAAGCUGGUGCCAUUUUUGAAAAAAGUCGGCUUCAGUCCCAAAAAGGACAUUCACUUUAUGCCCUGCUCAGGACUGACCGGAGCCAAUAUUAAAGAGCAGUCAGAUCUGUGCCCUUGGUAUUCGGGGUUACCAUUCAUUCCUUAUCUGGAUAAUUUGCCAAACUUUAACAGGUCGAUCGAUGGGCCCAUUAGGCUCCCAAUUGUGGACAAGUACAAGGACAUGGGUACUGUAGUUCUGGGGAAGCUGGAAUCAGGAUCCAUUUAUAAAGGCCAGCAGCUCGUGAUGAUGCCAAACAAGCACAACGUAGAGGUUCUUGGAAUUCUUUCUGAUGACACUGAGACUGACUUUGUGGCCCCAGGUGAAAAUCUCAAAAUCAGGCUGAAGGGAAUUGAAGAAGAAGAGAUUCUUCCGGGAUUCAUACUCUGCGACCCAAGCAAUCUCUGCCAUUCUGGACGCACAUUCGAUGUCCAGAUCGUGAUCAUUGAGCACAAAUCCAUCAUCUGCCCGGGUUAUAAUGCGGUGCUGCACAUCCACACUUGUAUUGAAGAAGUGGAGAUAACAGCCUUAAUCUCCCUUGUCGACAAAAAGUCAGGAGAAAAGAGUAAGAUCCGGCCCCGCUUCGUGAAACAAGAUCAAGUGUGUAUAGCCCGUUUAAGGACAGCCGGAACUAUCUGUCUUGAGACUUUUAAAGACUUUCCUCAGAUGGGUCGCUUUACUCUAAGAGAUGAGGGUAAGACCAUUGCAAUUGGAAAAGUCCUGAAACUGGUUCCAGAGAAAGACUAA